AUGGAGGCCGAAGCAGCAGAUCAACCUGAUAAAGCCCCUCAAGCCUGCGUAUCCUGUCGAAAACAAAAGAGAAAAUGCGACAAAUUGCUCCCGAGCUGCUCGUUGUGCAUCCGCAUGUCCCGCCCUUGUGAUUACUCGGAGACCGCCCCCAUCCCUACCUCUGAAGACUUCGCCGCAAUGCGACAGAAGAUAGCCGACUUGGAAGCCCGCCUCGAAGGUCGACGGUCUGAAGGGGGGCAUGGACCGAUGCGCUCUUUCAGCGCGAGUCCUGGCAUCGGUGGCGGCGAGGCUGCCUUUGCCACCGACAGCAAUGCCACUUUCCCUGCUGCCUUUUUCCUGGACGCCGAAGUCUUUGUGGAAGCGCAGCUGACUAUUCCCAGACCCAACAUCGCUGUCCCGCCAGAAGUCGCAGCGACAGUGGGAGUGUCGAUCCUGGACAUUCAGGAAAUUGUCGACCGAUACUUCGCAAACAUCCAUACCUGGCUCCCAUUCGUCUCCAAGAAGCGCAUGCAGUUGACACUGUCCAAUCCCACAAUGGAACUUACUCUCGACCUAGCACUCCUGCUCUUGUCCAUGAAGCUCGUCAUCCAGGUACCUCAAAGUGGUCCUCAAAGUAUCCGCUCACCGUUGUACAAUCUUAGCAAGGGCUACGCCAACAUGGUCGAAUCGAGCGGAUUGAUGUCCCUCCAGUUGCUGCAAGCGAAUAUCUUGGUCGCCGCAUACGAGAUAGGCCACGCAAUCUAUCCGGCAGCGUAUCUGAGUACUGGACACUGCGCUAGAAUCGGACACGCGCUGGGUCUCAACGACCGGCGCCAUGCUCCUCAAAUGCUCAAGAAAAGAACGGGAGCUUGGGGGGAGCUGGAGGAAAUGAAGCGAACUUGGUGGGCAACAAUGCUUUUGGAUAGAUAUGUCAAUCUCGGUUCCUCUGGUCACCCGUUGGCUACCGACGACCCUGUCCUCUACGAUACUCUGCCGGCCGACGAUGACCUCUGGGACGAGGGACAGAUAACGACGAGUGAACCACUCUACGUCUCCUCGCCUACGAACGUUAAAGCUGGAGCGUUUACAAGAACGUGUCAAGCGACGCACCUCCUAGGUAGGCUCGUCCGUCUUCUGAAUGACAGACUGCUUGAUGCACCCAUGCGAUUUUCCGAAGCGAUCCAGCUACAUCGAACACUCCAGGCAUUGGCUAAUUUACUUCCUAACGACGUGCAUCGAUCGCCAGAGCGGUAUGGAACGCCCCUGGCCAUCUGUUAUAGCAGUCUCAUGCACCUUUGCGAUCCGUUUGCUUGUACAGAAUCUAACGGUGGCCACCGAACCGUGGAAGAGACUGAGAUGCAGACCAUUGCCAUCGCAGGCAUGAAGUCGGUUGCGGCAGAUGUCUUCCGGUUCAGCCAACUCCUCCAUGUGGGCAUGACAUCGAACCCUGCAGCGGUGAGUCCUUUGGUGGGGGACUGUAUUUAUUUUGGAGCGAGCAUUUACGCAUGGCUUGCCCAUGAGACAGGACUGAGGGAAAUGGGAGAUGCAUACCAUAUUCUAAGGAAGGUCUUGGAGACAAUGGCAUCUCGGUGGGCAGUAGGGCAGCAGUACCUCACUCUGCUGGACAUAAGCAAGGAGAGCCUGUAUGCCGAUUCACAAUUUGUAUGA